CAAAAUGGCCACGUCACUGCGUGGAGAUGCAUAAUUGGUAGGAUCAAAACAUAAAGUAGAAGAAUUUUAGUGCAGAAAAUGGCCUCAAAGACUAACGACUUUCAACAUAAAUUCUUGGGUUUAUACAGUUAAGUUUAGAUGAAUGUAUCCAACUGUUAGAUAGCCACGAUCUCCGUGUUAUUGUGAAUUUAUGACCCUCUCUCUCUCUCUCUCUCUCUUAUCGUUAAAGAUGGCCUUCGCAAGUGUCAUUGCUUUUCUUCUCCUGCAAACUCUUUCAGCUAGAAGUGAUCUUCUAUCUCCUCUGCUCUCUCCAUUAUAUGAUGAUGUUUGCAAAGCAGUGGAAUGUGGAAAGGGGACUUGCAAGCCUUCCAAGAAUAGAACUCUCAUGUUUGAAUGCGAUUGCGACCCAGGUUGGAGGCAACAUCUUUCUGCUCAUGAUGGGGGCUUCGGGUUUCUUCCUUGCAUAGUUCCCAACUGUACUCUGAACCACUCUUGCUCCAGUGCCCCUGCCCCUUCCCAACAAAAAGAUAGAAAAGCAAAUGAAUCCAUAUUUGAUGCUUGCCAAUGGGUUGAUUGUGGAGGUGGCAUGUGCAACAAAACAUCCUUAUUCUCUUAUAAUUGCAAGUGUGAUGCUGGCUAUUACAAUCUUCUCAAUGCAACUGCCUUACCUUGCUACAAAGAAUGUGCUCUUGAUAUGGAUUGCUCUAACCUUGGAAUAUCAGUGAAAAACUCAUCCACUGCUCCGCCACCAACAUUGAAUGAGAAUGCUAGCCUAAUUCUACGAGGAAGUUCCCCUUGGCUACUCAUGUUGAUUAUAUUCAUAGCCAAUAUACAGUUGCAGUAGGAAAUUGGGCGCACGGUUCUUGCUAUAUCUCAUUAUAUGCCUUUUUUUUUAGUGAGAACUGGAUGUUCCUAAUCAUAUAAAUAUAGGGCAGCAGAGAGUUCAAUCGCAUAACAAUUAAACAUUAUAUGGAAAAGAGGAGAUUGAGUUUUGACACCUGCAAGUCUCGUGUUUUCUGUCUUUGGUAUUUCACUCUGUACAAAUUAUUUGAGAAAAUACACUUGUGUAGUGAUGUUACUUUUCUUUCUAUGAACAGAGGCAGAAUAAACUUUAUGAUUGAUGGCUUUAUCUCUUCAUCCUCCUCUAACUUAAUACUUUUUUUUUUUAAUUAAUUACUUUGGGAUCUAGUACUGCUCAAAGGGACCCCAAGGUGGGAAAAUUAAGGAAAGUUGGGCAACAAAAACUUGUUUUUCGCUGUAUAUGCAUAUGGAGAGCCAAAAGAAACAAAGCAGAACAGGAAAAGUCUGUCCGAUCCCCCAACAAAACAUUUGGUCAAAAGUCAGUUGUCAUGGCUACCUGUGACCUCGGUGCUUACUUUAGAACACUCCAGUGUGCGUCACAUGACCCAGUUGCUUAAAGUGUAAUCAUGCACGGACACCCUAUACAGUGAAAAUACUCCUCAUUUCUUAAUAUUUCUCUUUUCUAUCAUAUGUAUAUUUUUUUUUCUUUUAUCUAUUUUCCUCUGGGAAUAAAGAACGGCUGAUGUGUGUUUAGAAAACCGUUUGUACUUAUGCAAAUAGAAAUUUAAC